CCGGAGCCCCCCCAAAGAGAGAAGAGGAGAUAGCUGCGUUCAGGGAGAGACCGAAAAAAACCGACCAAGACCACAGCUAACAAACAAAAAAAAAAAACACACACAAACUCAGGUUUAUUUAUUUAUUUAUUUAAAUAUGCACAAAAUGAGGUCCGACUCCAAAGUUCAGGAGCUCCCGGAGGACUUCUACAUCCCCAUCCCGUUGGAUACGAACAACAUCACCUCCCUCAGCCCCUUCCUGGUCCCGCAGACCCACCUGGCCAGCCCGGCGGUCUUCAUGUGCAUGGCCGCCUUCAUGUUCGUCUUGAUGAUCGCCGGCUUCCCCAUCAACGCCCUGACCAUUGCCUGCACCGUCAAAUACAAGAAGCUGCGCUCCCACCUCAACUACAUCCUGGUCAACCUGGCCAUUGCUAACCUGCUGGUGGCCACCGUGGGAUCGUUCACCGCCUUUUACAGCUUCUCCAACAUGUACUUUCGCUUUGGCCCUCUAGCGUGCAAAAUCGAGGGCUUCGUUGCCACGCUGGGAGGGAUGGUGAGUCUGUGGUCUCUGGCUGUGGUGGCAUUCGAACGUUACCUGGUGAUUUGCAAGCCAGUAGGAAACUUCUCUUUCAAGAGUACUCACGCUAUCAUAGGCUGCGUGGUCACCUGGGUCUUUUCCCUCAUCGCUUCUGUGCCACCUCUCUUCGGAUGGAGCCGUUACAUCCCCGAGGGUCUGCAGUGUUCCUGCGGGCCGGACUGGUACACGACAAACAACAAAUACAACAACGAGUCCUACGUCAUGUUUCUCUUCUGCUUCUGCUUCGGGCUCCCCUUCAGCGUCAUCAUGUUCUGUUACUCCCAGCUGCUGUUCACCCUGAGAUCGGUAGCCAAGGCACAGGAGCAGUCAGUCUCAACUCAGAAGGCGGAGCGGGAGGUCACGAAGAUGGUCGUGGUCAUGGUGAUGGGUUUCCUGGUGUGCUGGCUGCCCUACGCCUCCUUCUCCCUGUGGAUCGUGCUGAACCGGGGAGAGACCUUCGACCUGCGUCUCGCCAGCGUGCCGUCCAUCUUCUCCAAGGCCUCCACCGUCUACAACCCAGUCAUCUACGUGUUCAUGAACAAGCAGUUCCGCUCCUGCAUGCUGAAGCUGGUUUUCUGUGGGAAGAGUCCGUUCGGCGAGGAGGAAGAUGUCUCCUCUCAGGUCACCCAGGUCUCCUCUGUUUCCUCCAGCCAGGUGACACCAGCGUAGACCUUCCCUGCAUCCCUUUCACCUCCGACUGCUGCCACACAGCCACGGCUGGGCCACAGCAGCCACCAAUUUGUUGUAAAUUUUAUUUGGUGUGUGUGGGGCAGAGUCUUACUUUUUAAACACAUUAAAAUGUGAGGUUUAUAUGUAUAUAUGAAUAAAAUAGUCUACAGCAUCAAAGCACAGAGAGGUGUGGUAAAGCAUAGUGAAAGCAUUGUAAAGCACAGAGAGGUGUGGUAAAGCAUAGGGAAGCAUUGUAAAGCACAGAGAGGUCUGGUAAAGCACAGGGAAGCAUUGUAAAGCACAGAGAGGUCUGGUAAAGCAUAGGGAAGCAUUGUAAAGCACAGAGAGGUCUGGUAAAGCAUAGGGAAGCAUUGUAAAGCACAGAGAGGUCUGGUAAAGCAUAGGGAAGCAUUGUAAAGCACAGAGAGGUCUGGUAAAGCAUAGGGAAGCAUUGUAAAGCACAGAGAGGUCUGGUAAAGCAUAGGGAAGCAUUGUAAAGCACAGAGAGGUCUGGUAAAGCAUAGGGAAGCAUUGUAAAGCACAGAGAGGUCUGGUAAAGCAUAGGGAAGCAUUGUAAAGCACAGAGAGGUCUGGUAAAGCAUAGGGAAGCAUUGUAAAGCACAGAGAGGUCUGGUAAAGCAUAGGGAAGCAAUCUCUGAACUAAUCUUCUCUGUUAAAUAAUGUAGCAUUAUUAAUUAUUAUAAUAACAACACCUUUUGUUCUAGAAUGUAAACAAAAUACCCCCCCCCCC